GUGUGUGUGUGUGUGUGUGUGUGUGUGUGUUCGUUCAGGCCGAGCAGCAGCUGCAGAAGAAGGGUAAAGGUCAACCUGGUGAGAUGUUGGAGAAAGCAGCAGAACAGCUGAUGAGCUGCUUCAGAGUGUGUGCCAGCGACAAUCGUGCAGGUAUCGAGGACUCUAAAAAGUGGGGGAUGAUGUUCCUGAGUAACCAGCUGUUUAAGAUCUACUUCAAGAUCAAUAAGUUGCACCUGUGCAAACCUCUGAUCCGAGCCAUCGACAGCUCCAACCUGAAGAACGACUACAGUCCUGCUCAGAAGGUCACGUACAAAUACUACGUGGGCCGCAAGGCCAUGUUCGACAGUGACUUCAAACCAGCGGAGGAGUUUCUGUCGUUCGCCUUCCACCACUGUCAUCGAUCCAGUCAGAAGAACAAGAGGAUGAUUCUCAUCUACCUGCUGCCCGUCAAGAUGCUGCUGGUCACUACGGCAACGCACCACUGUCACAGCACCGUGUACACCUGGUUACAUCCAGAUUACACCUGGUUACGUCCAGAUUAGAUCUGUUUAAUCCAGAUUACACCUGGUUACAUCC